GAAAAGCGUUGCGAUAGACAGCUUAGAGAGAAGGAGCCAUGCUUUGACAGAAUCGUUCACAGGGUCGUUGCUGUCCUUAUAUGAUUAUAAGGUCCAGGAUGUCAUCUAGUGAAGUUAAGAAAUCAAACGACCCUGUAGCCAACAAUAAGAGGGAGAGUAACAGUGAGAAGAAUCAACAGGCACCUGGGGUUGAACAUCACUCCCAACCUGUCAACGAUGCAUCAACCAAUGCAGAUGCAAGCACUGUGGCUGCGAAGAACCUGGCACUUCUUAAAGCCCAUUCGUUAGAUGUAAAGUUUGAGGUCGGUGAAGAGUACGACGUCAUCGAGACCAUCGGCACAGGUGCCUACGGUGUCGUAUCAUCUGCCAGGAGGCGAGACAAUGGGCAACAGGUGGCAAUAAAGAAGAUCCCGAAUGCCUUUGAAGUUGUGACUAAUGCCAAACGCACACUUCGAGAACUCAAGAUCCUGAAACACUUUAAACAUGACAACAUUAUUGCAAUUAAGGACAUUCUUCAACCCAUGGUGCCUCCUUCGGCAUUUAAAUCAGUGUAUGUAGUCCUUGAUUUAAUGGAGAGUGACCUGCAUCAGAUCAUCCACUCAAGACAACCUCUGACUCCUGAGCACACACGCUACUUUUUGUACCAGCUGUUGCGUGGUCUGAAGUACAUCCACUCAGCCAAUGUAAUCCACCGUGACCUGAAGCCGUCCAACCUGCUGGUGAAUGAAAACUGUGAGCUAAAGAUUGGGGACUUUGGCAUGGCCCGAGGUUUGAGUGCCGCACAUGCUGAGGAGUCCCGUUCCUUCAUGACAGAAUACGUGGCGACACGUUGGUACCGUGCACCCGAGCUCAUGCUCUCACUUCAUCACUACAGCCUUGCCAUUGACCUCUGGUCAGUGGGCUGCAUCUUCGCUGAGAUGUUGGGUCGAAAGCAGCUCUUCCCAGGCAAACACUAUGUGCACCAGCUGCAGCUGAUUCUCUCUGUCUUGGGUACACCAGCCGAGAGUGUGGUUGGUGCUAUCGGAGCUGAAAGGGUGCGCUCUUACAUCCAGAGCUUGCCUUCUAAGGCACCUGUGCCCCUCACCAGACUGUUCCCACAGGCCGACCCUGUUGCACUGGACCUUCUGAACGCCAUGCUGCGCUUUGACCCUCGCGAACGGAUUAGUGUGGUCCAGGCACUAGACCACCCUUACCUUGCCAAGUAUCAUGACCCAGAUGAUGAGCCUGUGUGUGUGCCUGCCUUUGAUUUUGAGUUUGACCGACAGCCUAUGGGGCGAGAGCAGAUCAAGGAGGCCAUACUUGCUGAAAUACAGGACUUCCACCAAAAAAAACAAGGUGGCAGAAAGAUUCAGUUUAAACCGUUUCAGAGACAAGUAGCAGGAAGCACAAGUAAUCAUUCGUAUCCAAUGUUACCCAGUACUCAAAACCAGCCAAAUGUGACCCACCCUCAGCGGCAAACAGCAAGUCAAAAUUUGGUCAUAGCACAGAGCUCAGUUCCCUCAGUUUCUUCAUUAAAAAAGCAAACUGCUCCACCUGAUUUUACCCAAAUUGCUAAUUAUUUGACACCAUUCACAAGAAGCUGUCAGGAUGUAGACAUGCCUAGUGCCAAUUCAGAUGGACAGCCAGAGACAAUAGACCUUACCACUCCCACAUCAAGCCAAGGCACGCCACCUUGUGAACCAACUGGAGACUGCACCAAGAGCGAGGCUUCUACAAAUCAAACUCCUGCUGUACAGGCAAUUCAGAGCCAGUCACUCCACCAGCCAUCAGCCUCUACAGUACCACCAUCUUGUCUUACUAAAUCUGGGGCCUCUCUUUCUCUAUCUCAAACACAAGCUCAGUCUCUAUCUCAGUCGCUCUCUCGUUCACUCGGAAAAGGCGGAAAAGCAACUUUUGGGGAGACCUCCCGAAAGGAAGGGGCAAUUUCAGAUGAUACCAAAGCAGCACUUAAAGCAGCUUUACUAAAGUCAGCACUGAGGCAAAAGGCACGAGACGGAAGUGCUGCAGCCCUGGGUAUAGACCUCGGCAGCGGGACUGGGAGCUCUUCUGGUGUUUUGUCUUCUGGUCCAGAACACAGGAGACCUGUUACAGCACAAGAGAGACAGCGGGAGAGAGAGGAGAAACGACGGAAAAGACAAGAACGAGCGAUGGAGCGAAAGAAAAAGAUGAAAGAGAAGGAAAAGAAGGAUGGCAAAUCAAGCGAGUCUUUCGGUGGUGUCGUGCUGAGUGACAACGACAAGAAGCUGCUGGAACGGUGGGGACGAAUGAUGGACAAAUCACAGGUCACAGACAUUAACCCAGCUAAGUCCAGUAACAGUAAGACAGGCUCCUGCCAGAUGCAGGCAACCAUAGGUAAAGGCCUGAUAAAGAUGCCAUCAGACACUGUGGAAACAGUGGCAGACAAACAACCAAGAGAGCUGCAAGCAUUCAAACCACCUCAACAAAUAGUGCCUCAGAUUAGCCAGUGUGUGGCGUCAGGCAUGUUCCAUCCUAAUGCCACAUUCAAUUCAUUGCCAAUGCCCCUAGGCUCUACUCAAAAUGGGGAUAUUGGGAUGGUGUCAGUUAGUGGAGGUGUAGGGCGUGGGCCUUUGACUAUAGUUGGAGGUGGAGCACUUGGUGUUGCUGCAGCCCCAUGUACCCUUACCAAAAGUGAUGCAUUAAAACCUCAACCUUCAACUCAGUUCCAGGGGUGUGGGACAGUAUUAAGCACUGUAGGGAACUGGACAGGGAACCAGACCAGCGGAGGAACAGCACACCUUCCGCAAGCACAAAUCCCACCCCAGUCUCAGCAGAUUCAGCUGUCUUCGCCACAGCUGAGCAAUGUGAGCCUACCACAGCAGCCAAUUAUGCUCACUCAAACCCAGUCUCUUGCACAUCCCCAACAAAACCAACCUCUUAUGCACCCCCAACAAGCUCAACCUCUUCCUAGCUCUGAAAUGCCCAUGACUAACCCUCCUGUGAAACUCUUUUCAUCAGACUCCUUUAUCAACAAACCUUUAGUAUUGACUCCCAAUGGGACAACAAGAGGUGGAAUUCAGGACACCAACAGGUCUCUUUCUAACCAAGAAUCUGCAGGUGCUUCUGAGUCCCUGGAGAAGUUGUGUUCUGUCCUUGGUAAACAGCAAAAUGGUACUCCUUCAGCUGAACCUUCUCAUGGAGCACCUGGUUCAACCGCCCCAACAUGUCUCACAGACACAGGAAUACCUGGGAGCUGCAGAGCACCAGACAUCCAUACAGUCACACUACAGCUGUCUAAGUCACAGGUUGAAGAUAUUUUGCCCCCAGUUUUUUCUGUGACACCCAAAGGCAGCGGGGCUGGAUAUGGUGUCGGCUUUGAUCUUGACGAUCUCUUCAAUCAGUCACUUACUGAUCUCCAGCAUUCAGACCUCAGGGAAAGUUACAACGACUCUGCACCCCUCUCUGCGUCCUUGCUCUCGGAUUGGCUGGAAGUACACCGCAUGACCCCAGCUGACUUGGAAUCACUUCAGCAGGAGCUCCAGCUCGGAUCUCCUAUGAUCCUUUCUGACAACUCCAACCUCCCUUAGACUAAAGUUCAAGUCAUCAUUCCUCUCCACUCUCCAUCAUGACAAAUAUGGCCCCUUAAUUUAUCGUACCCAGGAUCAUGAACAGUACUAUACCUCCAGGACAAGUGCCAACUUCACUACAAACAUUAUUUAAACUUUGAAAAGAUGAUCAUUGGUUGUUGAUUUUUGUUGUUGUUAAUGAUUUUGUUUGGCAUGCUGUAGAUUCUCUAAUAUAGCUAUUCAGAUCAGUGUAUGUUUUUUGCAAACAAUCUUUUGCUCCAUCUAGACAUAUCCAGUCAAGUUUUACUCCUAAGAAUUUAAACAGUUCUAACAGUUAGCUAAAAUUGCUACUAUCCACGAUCAAAAACGGGUGCCAAGUUAGCAUUCUGGUGCUAAUUCGGUGCUAAAACAAAUCAUUUCAGUUUCUUAUGAUAAUACAAGGUUUACACUGGGUGACAGGCAACAGGUUGAUCUUGAUUUUGUCGUGCCAAGUUGGAUACUUUGAGACCGAAAUGUCAAAUUUUCCUACUGGCAGCUAAGAUUAACUGCAGCAAAGUGUAAAAGCACUACAAAAAGAUAUUUGUGUCUUUCCAUGGUGCACUCAAAAUACAACAAGGGCACAUUGAGCAGAUUAUAACUUGGAUUAAAAAUGGAUCAACCCUUGCCUUGAAACCAUGUUCCUUGUGAAUACCUAGCACACUUCCAAGUGGUGAACGAUAACACCUGAGCGCAGUGUUAUGAGCAGCCUAAGUAAAUGUUACUAAGCAGGUUCAAGUGGGCAUUUCAUAAAUACAUUUUCGGUAUUAGUGUUCAGAUAAAUGAUUUUUGCACCAGCAUGACAAAUAACAUUUGUUUGCAAUAAAGGAACAAAAAUAA